AUGUACGGAGAGUGUGCGGAGAAUGUACGGUACACAAACAUUGUGGUUCAUUCAAAAUCUUGUGUACAAAAUCUUCAAGAAAAUAUUUCUAUAUUAAUAUUAUAUAGUCGCAAAAAUGUAUUUGAAUAUUAUUAUUAUUCUUGUCUUUCAUUAUUCCGUUAUGUUAGUGGCAUUGAUGAUCAUCAACAACUAACAAAGCAAAAUCACAACCAAAAAAAAAUUGGCAGAAGUAAAAACCUUGGUAUUGUAAAAGUCAAAGAGCAUCUUGAAUCACUUAAAAAUCAAGAUGAAGAAAUGGAAGUGGUUAGGGAAAAUUUACCUGAAGAAUCAAUAGCUGUACCAGUCAAUGUGAUAAUACAGGAGGAUGCAGGAUCUUCUUCACAAAUAAAUAAGAGACGUAUAAAAACAAAUGAGGAACUUGAAAUCCUUAAAGAGGUAUUUGAUCACACUGAAGAUUUACCAAGAGAUGUAGCAAGAAGAUUAUUUGAAGAUCUAAUUAAAUUAUGA